AUGCUAUCGUCUACUCACAGAAAAACCCCCAUACCCGCGAACGCUCCUAAAAUAGAAAACACCCCUAUCAAAAAUAAAUCCACUCGCACACUUCUCUCGCCCAAACUAGAACUUGGAGUCGAUGUCGAUGUUGGUCUAUUCCCCGAAGUCACUGUCGCUGUUGGUUCCGUUUCCGAUUUAAUAAAGAGAAAUACCGAAGCCGUAGCAUAUGCCGACGCACAAGCGGUGUCAUUUCUACAUGAUUCAUACAUAGCCCAGGGCAAGAAACAACAUCCCUCUGUUACCCGAUAUUAG